AGUAACUGAAGUGUAGUUAAGCUGUUGUGUGUUUGUGUCUCAGAAUUCAUGUAGUAAAAUGGCAGAAGCCAGAGUUUCUCAGGAUGAGUUCAUGUGUGCAGUGUGUCUGGAUCUCCUGAAGGAUCCAGUGGCCAUUCCCUGUGGACACAGUUACUGUAAGAGCUGUAUUAUACGCUUCUGGGAUCAGGGAAAUCAGAUGAGAGUCUACAGCUGCCCUCAGUGCAGACAGACCUUCAGUCAAAGACCUGCUUUAGCUAGAAACACCAUGCUGACUGAAGUGGUGGAGAAACUGAAGAAGAGGAAACGUCCUGCUGACUGUUACGCUGGAGCUGGAGAUGUGCAGUGUGACGUCUGUACUGGAAGAAAAUACAAAUCCGUCAAGUCCUGUCUGGUGUGUCUGAACUCUUACUGUCAGAAUCACCUUGAACAACAUGAGAGUUUGUUUAAAGGAAAGAGACACAAUUUGACUGAUGCCACUGGACGACUGCAGGAGAUGAUCUGCCAGAAACAUGAGAAGAUCCUUGAGGUUUUCUGUCGCACUGAUCAGAAAUGUAUAUGUGUGCUGUGUACGAUUAUUGAGCAUAAAAACCAUGACAUUGUAUCAGCUGCAGAACAGAGGACAGAGAAACAGAGCCAGCUGAAGGAGACGCAGAAGACGUUCCAGCAGAGAAUCCAGCAGAGAGAGAAAGAUCUUCAGCAGCUGAGAGAGGCUGUGGAGUCUCAUAAGCGCUCUGCACAGACAGCAGUGGAGGACAGUGAGAGGAUCUUUACUGAGCUCAUCCGCUCCAUUGAGAGAAGCCGCUCUGAGCUGAUACGACUGAUCAGAGAUCAGGAAAAGCGAGCACUGAGUCGAGAUGAAGGACGACUGGAGCGACUGGAGCAGGAGAUCAAUGAUCUGAGGAGGAGAGACGCUGAGCUGGAGCAGCUUUCACACACACAGGAUCACAUCCAGUUCCUGCAGAGUUUCCAGUCUCUCUCAGCACCUCCUGAAGCUACAGACGUAAAUGAUGAUCUCUUCAGUUCUUUCCUCUCUUUUGAUGGUCUGAGAGAAUCUGUCCAUCAGCUGAAAGACAAACUGGAGGAUUUCUGCAAAGAGGAGCUCAAGAAGAUCUCAGACAGAGUCACAUUCACCAACAUUGUUCUCUGGACCAGGAACGACUUCCUACAAUAUUCCCAUCGGAUCACUCCGGAUCUGAACACAGUGAAUAAAAGCCUCCGUCUGUCUGAGAGCAACAGAGCGAUUGCAUUCACUGACACAGAUCAGUCGUAUCCUGAUCAUCCAGACAGAUUUGAUCAUUAUUAUCAGGUGUUGUGUAGAGAGAGUGUGUGUGGACGCUGUUACUGGGAGAUUGAGUGGAGUGGAUGUGUGUUCAUAUCAGUAUCAUAUAAGGGAAUCAACAGGAAAGGAUCGGGUGAUGAGUGUGUGUUUGGAUCUAAUAAUCAGUCCUGGAGUUUGCUCUGCUCUCCUGAAUGUUAUUCAUUUUUACACAAUAACAUAGGGUCUCAUCUCUCUGUAAAGCCCAUUAACAGUAAAGUAGGAGUGUUUGUGGAUCACAGUGCAGGAACUCUGUCCUUCUACAGCGUCUCUGACACAAUGAGCCUCAUCCACACAGUCCAGACCACAUUCACUCAGCCGCUUUAUCCUGGGUUAACAGUUUGUUUUGGAUCAUCAGUGAAGCUGUGUUGAUGAAGCAUAAUUUGUUGUCGCUGGUCUUGACCAACAAAGACUCUGAGUGGACAAGACCAGUGACAACAAAGACUCUGAGCUGGACAAGACCAGUGACAACAAAGACAUUGAGCUGGACAAGACCAGCGACAACAAAUACUCUGAGCUGGACAAGACCAGUGACAACAAAGACAUUGAGCUGGACAAGACCAGUGACAACAAAGACAUUGAGCUGGACAAGACCAGCGACAACAAAUACUCUGAGCUGGACAAGACCAGCGACAACAAAGACAUUGAGCUGGACAAGACCAGCGACAACAAAGACUCUGAGCUGGACAAGACCAGCGACAACAAAGACACUGAGCUAGACAAGACCAGCUACAACAAAGACACUGAGUGGACAAGGCCAGCGACAACUAAAACAUUGAGCUGGACAAGGCCAGCGACAACAAAGAGUCUGAGCUGGUCAAGACCAGUGACAACAAAGACUCUGAGUGGACAAGACCAGUGACAACAAAGACUCUGAGUGGACAAGGCCAGUGACAACAAAGACUCUGAGUGGACAAGGCCAGUGACAACAAAGACUCUGAGCUGGACAAGACCAGCGACAACAAAGACAUUAAGCUGGACAAGACCAGCGACAACAAGGACUCUGAGCUGGACAAGACCAGCGGCAACAAAGACUCUGAGCUGGACAAGACCAGCGACAACAAAGACAUUAAGCUGGACAAGACCAGCGACAACAAGGACUCUGAGCUGGACAAGACCAGCGGCAACAAAGACUCUGAGCUGGACAAGACCAGCGACAACAAAGACAUUAAGCUGGACAAGACCAGCGACAACAAAGACUUUUGAGUGGACAAGACUAGCGACAACAAAGACUCUGAGCUGGUCAAGACCAGCGACAACAAAGACUCUGAGCUGGUCAAGAUCAGCGAUAACAAAGACACUAAGUGGACAAGACCAGCGACAACAAAGACUUUUGAGUGGACAAGACUAGCGACAACAAAGACUCUGAGCUGGUCAAGACCAGCGACAACAAAGACACUGAGCUGGUCAAGACCAGCGACAACAAAGACACUAAGUGGACAAGACCAGUGACAACAAAGACACUGAGUGGACAAGGCCAGCGACAACAAAGACUCUAAGUGGACAAGACCAGUGACAACAAAGACACUGAGUGGACAAGGCCAGCGACAACAAAGACUUUAAGUGGACAAGACCAGUGACAACAAAGACUCUAAGUGGACAAGGUCAGCGACAACAAAGACUUUAAGUGGACAAGACCAGUGACAACAAAGACACUGAGUGGACAAGGCCAGCGACAACAAAGACUUUAAGUGGACAAGACCAGUGACAACAAAGACACUGAGUGGACAAGGCCAGCGACAACUAAAACAUUGAGCUGGACAAGGCCAGCGACAACAAAGAGUCUGAGCUGGUCAAGACCAGUGACAACAAAGACUCUGAGUGGACAAGACCAGUGACAACAAAGACUCUGAGUGGACAAGGCCAGUGACAACAAAGACUCUGAGUGGACAAGGCCAGUGACAACAAAGACUCUGAGCUGGACAAGACCAGCGACAACAAAGACAUUAAGCUGGACAAGACCAGCGACAACAAGGACUCUGAGCUGGACAAGACCAGCGGCAACAAAGACUCUGAGCUGGACAAGACCAGCGACAACAAAGACAUUAAGCUGGACAAGACCAGCGACA